AUGUCGCAAGCGCGGAUAUACGCGGACGUGAACGUGCAGCGGCCCAAGGAGUAUUGGGACUACGAGGCGCUCACCGUGCAGUGGGGGUAUGUCAACACGCAGGGGCCAGGACUUUUCAUCUCCAUUCAUCUCCUCUCCCUCACCCCCCCCGCCCCGCACUACCGCCCCUUCCUUCUUCCCUUUUCCCCGCGACCAGAGCGACUACGAGGUGGUGCGCAAGAUGGGGCGGCGCAUGGUUCUCCUCUUACGUUUCCGGUCCCUCCCCAUUCCCCACCCCCUCCCCACUUCCCCCCCAUUCCCUUCACCCCCCAUCCCCCACUUCUUCCGCCCUUCUUUUCUUCUCCCCCUAGCAGAGACCAGGACGACUACGAGGUGGUGCGCAAGGUGGGCGGGGAAACUACAGCGAGCGACCAGGACGACUACGAGGUGGUGCGCAAGGUGGGGCGGGGCAAGUAUAGCGAGGUGUUUGAGGGGGUCAACGCGGUCAACAGCGAGAAGUGCAUCAUCAAGAUCCUCAAACCCGUCAAGAAGAAGAAGAUCAAGCGAGAAAUUAAGAUUCUGCAGAACCUGUGCGGCGGCCCCAACAUCAUCCGCCUGCUGGACAUUGUGCGCGACCCGCAGAGCAAGACGCCGUCGCUCAUCUUUGAGUUUGUGAACAACACCGACUUCAAAGUGCUCUACCCCACGCUCUCUGAUUACGACAUCCGCUACUACAUCUACGAGCUGCUCAAGGCGUUGGACUUCUGCCAUUCACAGGGCAUCAUGCACCGGGACGUGAAGCCGCACAACGUGAUGAUCGACCACGAGCAGAGGAAGCUGCGCCUCAUCGACUGGGGCCUGGCGGAGUUCUACCACCCCAACAAGGAGUACAACGUUCGGGUGGCAUCUAGGUACUUCAAGGGUCCCGAGCUGCUAGUGGACCUGCAGGAUUAUGACUACUCGCUGGACAUGUGGAGCCUUGGCUGCAUGUUCGCUGGCAUGAUAUUCCGCAAGGAGCCUUUCUUCUACGGCCACGACAACUACGACCAGCUUGUCAAAAUCGCCAAGGUGCUGGGCACGGACGAGCUGAACAGCUAUCUGGGCAAGUACAGCAUCAUGCUGGACCCGCAUCUGGAGGCGCUGGUGGGGCGGCACAGCCGCAAGCCGUGGUCCAAGUUUGUCAACAGUGACAACCAGCACCUUGUCUCCCCUGAGGCGGUGGACUUUCUGGACAAGCUGCUGCGGUACGACCACCAGGACCGACUCACAGCCAGAGAGGCCAUGGCGCACCCGUAUUUCUACCCUGGCUGCGCCAGUGCGCGGGAAGGGGCUGAAGGCGAGUGCACGUGGAAGCGAUCGGCGGAAGGCAGCAGCAGCAGCGGGAAGGAGCGCGCGAUUGGGGUGCCGUGCGAUGGCGAGCGAGGGCGGUUCCGCCACAACCGUUUCAGCGCCCUCCACGGCCACGCAGCUUCCCGACCUCAUGACGGAGUUCAUGGUGGACAUGUCGUGCUAGAGCUGCGUCAAGAACGUUGUGCUCCCCUUACUUCUCCCUCCUUCCUCCCUUCUCUCCCUCCUUCCUCCCUUCUCUCCCCCCCUCUCCUCCUCACCCUUGGUCUCUCACAGGCCGAGUUCAUGACCGAGUUCAUGGUGGACAUGUGCUGCCAGAGCUGCAUCAAGAACAGUGUGCUCCCCGUGCAUCAAGAACAGUGUGCUCCCCGUGCAUCAAGAACAGUGUGCUCCCCGUGCAUCAAGAACAGUGUGCUCCCCGUGCAUCAAGAACAGUGUGCUCCCCGUGCAUCAAGAACAGUGUGCUCCCCGUGCAUUCUCCUUCCCCACUUCCUCGCCCCUCUCCGCCCCUCCCCUCAUGCCUAUCAGACGGAGUUCAUGGUGGACAUGUCGUGCCAGAGCUGCGUCAAGAACGUGCGGGGGAAGCUGGAGCCUCUGGAAGGUGAGUGGGAUGGGAACCAUUGGGAUGGGGCGGUGGGCGCCACCUCCCCAUGCCUCUCCUCCCUCUGGAAUGGAAGUGCCACGCUGGUCCGUCCUCCUCCCCCUUCACUUCCUUCAUCCCCCCUCUCCCUCUCUCGCCAUCUCCCACCAGGUGUCAAGCUGGUGGACAUCAGUCUGGAGUCGCAGGUGGUGCGUGUGUUGGGGAGCGCCACGCUAGCCCAGCUGGAGGAGGCGUUGAAGAAGAGCGGCCGCAAGGCGCGGCUGAUCGGCCAGGGCGACCCGUCGCAGCUGGCCCUCACAGCAGCAGUGGCGGAGUUCAAGGGGCCGGUGAUCCACGGUGUAGUGCGGUUCGCCCAGGUGAGCAUGGAGGAGGUGCGGGUGGAAGCGCAGUUUGACGGCCUCUCCCCCUCCACCGCCCAUGCGUGGGCUGUCAACGAGUAUGGAGACCUCACGCGCGGCGCUGACAGCACCGGCAGGUGCCAUCCAGGGGAGGCGCCAUCUGCUGCUGUUGCUGCUGAUGGGCCUGCAGGCGAUCUGGGAGUUCUGAACACGGACGACAAGGGUCAUGCCUCCUAUGCAGCACCCAGCACGCGCCUCAAGGUGUGGGACCUCAUAGGCCGGGCCGUGGCGGUGUAUGACGGGGCUGACAGGAGCAGCAGCAAGGGGCUGGCAGCAGCGGUGAUCGCGCGCAGUGCAGGAGUGGGGCAGAACUACAAGUCGCUGUGCUCCUGUGAUGGCACCAUCAUCUGGGAGGCCACUCCCAGCGACUAUGUGCAGCAGAAGUAG